AUGGUCAUAGGCCUACUCGCCAUAACGGCCAUCCCCACCGUCACGGGCGUCGCAUUUGGCGUCAGCGAACAACGCAAAGCAAACAGUCGAAUGCAAGACGAGAAAAGAAUGGCCAAGUUUUACAUGAAAGUUUACUGUGAAGGAGAUUCAGAGAAAUCGCGCAGUUUGAAUGGACGGAGAGCGGUGUUGCGGGAUACUAAGGUAUAUCUUGACCAUGCAGAUCCCAAUAUUCGGAAAAUACCAUCACAUACAGUCGCCGCAUUCUUUAUCGCAUACCCCGAUGAUGAUAAUAAGCGCGGAGACGGUCUCGUCAGUACGAUAUCUGAUAAUCCGCCCAUGCUGAAUUGGAUAUAUGUGGAUAAGGAUACAUUAGAACUGAAAUAUGGGAAUCGGACGCAGAGUAUAAAACACAUCGUCGGUCAUUGGGGUUGGACGGAGGAUGAGUCGGGUGUUCUAUUGAACAAUAAAGAGUUGUGGGCUGCUGUUGAAGAAGAGGAGGAUGUCUGGGCGUUAUAUUAUGACAAAAAUGAGGAUGGAUUAGAAGGUGUCGUCGAUCCCAGUAAGACAGUGGUUGAGAUUAGUAUAGAUAGAGAUCUGGUCGUCAAACCGGGUGAGAAUGCAGAUGCUAGUAAAACUUGA